GGCACCGAGCUGAGAGGAGCGCCACUUGGGUGCUCCCGGACAUGGUUGAUAAAAGGUUCCUUUUACAGUUAUACAUUACGAUUCGUGGAUCAUGGAUGUCCUACAGCUCUGUGUGAUUGUGAUGAGCAUGUACUUAAAUACAUUGAAAUCUUCCAACGGUCAGAAGCAAAACUUGGACCCAAGUCUAGAAAUCUAUAGAAAACUAUUUGAAACAAAACGCAAGGACCAGAUGCAUGCUUUGAAGAACAUGAUUGAAUUAAAUGACAUUAAUCAGCAGUACAAGAUUAUAGAUAUCAUGUUGAAGGGAUUGUUCAAGGUACUAGAAGACUCCAAGACAAUACUGACUGGUGCUGAUGUGCAAGCAGAUGGCCCACUGCCUCAUGACGAGAAACUCAAAGAUGCUUAUUCCCAUAUUGUCGAAAAUACAGCCUUCUUUGGAGAUGUGACUCUGCGUUUUCCCAAGAUUGUCCACCAUUACUUUGAUCGCAAUUCAAACUGGAAUCACUUAAUCCGGUGGGGAAUCAGCUUUUGUAAUCAAACGGGAGUCUUCGAUGGAGGGCCACAUACACAGCUUCUUAACUUGAUGUCACAGGAACUUGGGAUCAGUGAAAAGUCUCCAGACUAUAAAAACCCAUUUAAAAAUGAAAAUGAAGAUUUUCUCCACAACAACGAUGCUUUUCACAAAGCUUUAAAAGACGAGGAGAAAAGACGACGAAAAGAAGACAAGAGGAAGGAACUUCGAAAAGGACCCAGGAUUACAAAGACACGAUCCGAGUUGUGACCUUGAGAAGACUACCUGUCAGUGGGACCAUUUUUGCUGUUGGAUGGAGCUGCUUGAACCCUUUCACUGGCACAAAUACCUAUAUACAUUUUGAAUGAAAUCCCCUCAGGAUGGCAGUAACCUGUACAGGUUUGCUCUCACUAGAGCUGCUUUCUUUCCUUUGAAAGGGAAGUAUCAUAAAGACAACAAUUGUUUUGGUUUAUGCAAUUAAAACAGAUGGCAUCUGUGACUUUAAUCCCUGAAACGCUGGUAUGAAUCUCAGAAUGUGAUGUAACGUGCUUUGAUUGUUCCAUCAUCAUCAAACAGCAAUUAUAGGGAACAGCAUGGCCGUCAUAUUAUAAGUUGGACUUUUCCAUUUUCACAAUAAAAUGCAAGGUCUGAAUACAA